ACAGGAAACUACCUCAGACUCGGGUGAAAGGUCAACUGGCAGGCGCUGCUGAGCUUUGAAACUGCGUUGUGUUAAGGAGCGUGUAGGGAACCGAGGAGAAGGGGAUGAUGUUGAUAUUACGGCCGACGGCAUUGUGGGUCUCGAAAGGGCGGGUGGUUUUCCAAGGAAGGAGGUUUUCGAGGGCUCUGCCCCAACAAGGUAAAGGCCAUGUUGAUGAAUCUUCACUCCGGCCAUUAUAUAUGGAUGUCCAAUCAACUACCCCUCUGGACCCAAGGGUUUUGGAUAGCAUGCUGCCUUAUCUUGUGCAUUACUAUGGCAAUCCCCACUCUAGAACUCAUGCAUAUGGUUGGGAAAGUGAAACUGCAAUGGAAAAAGCCAGACAGCAAGUUGCAUCACUAAUAGGAGCAGAUCCUCGGGAAAUUAUUUUUACCAGUGGGGCCACAGAAUCAAACAAUAUAGCAAUUAAGGGCGUUGGAAGAUUUUAUAAAUCCAGAAAGAAACAUAUAAUUACAACACAAACUGAACACAAAUGUGUGCUAGAUUCUUGCCGUGCCCUAGAAGCUGAGGGCUUUCGAGUCACUUAUUUACCUGUAAAGAAAAAUGGCCUUAUAGAUAUUAAGGAACUGAAAAAUGCAAUAGAACCUGAUACAAGCCUAGUGUCAAUAAUGACUGUGAACAAUGAAAUAGGAGUGAAACAGCCAAUUAGUGAUAUUGGUGACAUAUGCAGUUCCAAUAAAGUUUUUUUUCAUACAGAUGCUGCACAGGCAGUUGGAAAAAUCCCUCUGGAUGUCAGUGAUAUGAAAAUUGAUUUAAUGAGCAUAAGUGGCCAUAAAAUUUAUGGUCCCAAAGGUAUUAAUAUUUUGUGAGUCACUGUAUUUAAAAAAGAGUCAUUAUUGCAUGAAUGUUAUAAUUGCUGAACUGUACUUAAUUGUAGUUUCCCUAAGUUUUUGG